AUGGCGAAUGGUAUAGGAGGAUAUGCUAUGGAUCUAAGGAUGGACCCUGGAAAUAGCAACGCACAUGCUGGAGGUGGUGACGAUGCAGGGUCCUCGAGUAGGGGUGGCAUCAAUUCAGAUGCGAUCCUGAGGCGUGAAGACCUGAUCAUAGCAGAAAACUGGAUUCAGGAGAUAAAAAAGAUCCUGACUGUACUACAUUGCACUGAUGAGCAAAGAGUACUAUAUGCCACAUUCAGAUUGACAGGGGAGGCCAACCUUUGGUGGUUUUCUGUGAGGCUCCUAGAGGAGCAGUGGCUGUCACAAAUGGCUUUGACUUGGGAAAGGUUUAAAGAGAUUUUCUUUGAUCGCUAUUUUCCCGCCUCGGUUAGGGAUGCCAAGAUGGAGGAGUUCCUGAAUUUAACGCAGGGCCAUUUGACGGUGCCACAGUACAUUGCCAAAUUCAUGGAAUUGUUGUAUUUUGCUCCCUUUAUGAUACCCGAUGAAUUCAGGAAGGCCCAGAGAUUUGAGAGAGGGUUGAGGUAG